GAGUAUGAAACUGCUUAUAGUGAAGAAAGUUCUCAAGAAAGAACAGGUUCUCUUGAGGCUAUAAAUGAUUUUUCUUCUAAUAUUCAAUUCAUUGAAUCUGCCCAAUUCACGUCACCCGCCCAAUCCACUAUCCCAUUAAAUAUCAAUUCGCCACUCAUCAGCAAUAAUACAAUUAACACUUUAGCACAAGCAACGAAUUUAAACUUUAGCAUUAU